AUGACUCGUAACAACCUUGCUGAGCAUUUGUCCUGGCUGUUGAACGAUCAAGCCCGCUCCAAGCCUGCAACACCAUCUUUUCCAGUUUGCAGCGACUCUUCUCAGGCUGGCCUACCCCAAUCCCAGCAAUCAGACUCCCAAGUACGACAAACCUCACAGCCUGUUACAUCUGUUAGCAUUGGGGACGAUCCUCAGUCCACAAGAGACGCGUCCAAUGGACGGGGAGCACCGGCCCGAAGAUUGCGGCAGACGGACCCGGUGAUACUGGACGACGACGAAGACACAAUGGGACGCCUCGUUCUGAGUUCUAAAGCCAAGAAGCCCAGUCUUGUCUCGAGACCACAGCAACUUCUUACUCCGACUUCCAUCACUCCGAAUUUUUUAAGCCGACAAGACACCCCCGUCAAACGGUCUAACGAGUCGCCACCCAAGAAAACGCCCGCCCCGGUCCCAGCCCGACUAUGUACGAGCAGCCCCGACUUCCCAGAACUCAAGACAGGUGGUGUCGAUUAUAUGGACCUGACCGACGAUACCUUUGCUUCUUCCGAUUCAUUGUCUUUCGGUAGCGACGUAAAGCUGUGGCGUGAAGACUAUGCGACUCGACCGGAGCUAGAGCCAGCUGUUUCGAGUGGUAGGAAAAGAAAGAGCAAUGAGAUUACAAAAGAGGAAUUCAGCGACCUUGGCGAUAUUCCUGAUGUCUACGAACUUCUCGGCACCGAACCUCCACCCCCUAGUCCGACUCGAUCUGCCCGACGAAAGAAUGGGACACUAAGUACUCGAACUCGGCGAACACGCGAUGGCUUCACCAAUCCCCCAUCAACCAUUAUUCCACCGAUUGGCGAGGAAGACCAUGAUCUCCUGCUGUCACCCUCAAGAAGAGUUCGCAGCCAGCUUACCCGCGAACCGUCACCUCAGAGAACGCUGCCAAUUAUUAGUGCCAGCCAGAGCCCAAGGAAAGCUACAACCCCCUUGAAAGCGCCUGACAGUUCUGGAAACUCUAAGCUUGUUCUUGGGGCACUGUCUUCUCAACGAGAUACGGAGCCUGGGGGAGACGACCUGGUUAUUCCUGACUCUGACGAUGACUUUCUCUCACCACCUUCACGCCAGGAUUCUCGAACCAUUCUGGAGAUUUCAGCCAACACAGAGUGCGCUGAGCCCCAGAAACAAGAAUCGCCCGCACCUAGCGCUAGAAUUGAUCUCCAUUGCAAUUCGCAGCGCCAAAUCUCUUCCGGCUCAACUGUCACUGGCAGACCAGUAGACACAUCAAGUAGCUCACAGUCUACUAGAUUGAUUGUUGAUGAUUCUGUGCUCGACCCGCUUGACGAAACUUCAUCUCACUCAACUCAAGAGCCAGCGCUUCUCAAGCAGUUGGCCUCUGACCCCUCCAUCCUCACAAAAUGGGGAGGGUUUAUUGACAAGCUUAUCCAAGAUAACGGAAAGAAGUUUAGUCAAGCCAUAAAAGAACGUUGGUCUAAACCGCAACGUGCAGAAGUUAAGGCGGAAAAGGAGCGUCUGAAGCGGCAACAAGCAGCUAUUACUGAACUCGCUGGUCCUGUUGAAGAUUACCGAAUAUUGGAUGAGAAACGAGAUCAGUUGGCCCAGAAGAUUGAACGAGCCUAUGCAGAAAGUCUCGACACAGACGAGGACGAAGUUCGGCUCGAUGAUCUUACUGACGAAAUCCAAGAAACUGAAGAUGGGUUGACUAAGAUCAUCCGCGAUGCCAGGCUCGACAUCGAUGGGUUUCUGGAGACCCUUCAAAAACUAUCGCAUGUCUCUGCCCCUGCACCAGUCGUUGUACUAGGCACUCAGCCUGCGUUUCAGAGCAGUGUUAACAUGUCUGUACCUCCACGAGAGGCGAUUUCGGCUAGUCAAAUGGGCACACAAGUGGUGCAUCAGACUCAACUGCCCAGAACAUCUUCUUGGAACCCUCCGGCUUCAAGAAUUGAAGCGUCACAGGAUAUGAGUGUCCUUUCACAGGAGGAUGACGAAUUUUCUGCUGCCCCCUUUCCAAGAGACUCUGCAAGAGCCUCCAGAGUAUCUUACCAAUCAAGGGCAAUGACGAGUCCUAUGAUGGAUCACAUUCCCAUAGAAGCUGAGUUUGAUGGUCUUUCGGACCUAGAAGAUAUGCAACCCCCUCCGCGGCCCAGGCCUGCAAACAACUCAGCAUAUCCAAGCAGCAGUCGCAGAACGCCUCAAGGGAAACAUCACCGAACAGUCGAAGAAUUUAGCGACUUCAGCGAUGAUGAGGAGAUGCUUGCUUUUGCGCAGGACUAUGAGACCCGUCAGUCGCUGGCUCCCAACUCACAAGACUUCCGACAAAUCUUUUCGGAGACUUCUGGCAAUGCACUGCCAUCUGCAAAGUCACGGACUUCUUACAAGAAGCCUCCGGCGACACCAGAAGCAAUACCUUCUCAGUUGAUGAAGUAUCCGUGGUCUCCCGAAGUCCAGAGAAUGCUCAAGGACAGAUUUAGAAUGAAGGGUUUCCGGUGCAACCAGCUCGAAGCGAUCAAUGCUACACUUGGAGGUAAAGAUGCUUUUGUUCUAAUGCCGACCGGUGGAGGUAAAUCGCUGUGCUACCAGUUGCCAGCUGUCAUCAAAACUGGCAAGACCCGUGGUGUCACCAUUGUGGUAUCACCACUGCUCAGCUUAAUGCAGGACCAGGUUGACCACAUGAAAAAUCUGGGUAUACAAGCCGUUGCCUUCAAUGGAGAAUGUUCAGCAGAAUACAAGAGGCAAGUGAUGAGCGUUUUCAACGAACGAACUCCAGAACUUUUUCUCGAACUGUUGUACGUCACUCCAGAGAUGGUGAGCAAGAAUGUCAAUUUCAACAAUGGGUUGCAAACACUCCAUCGCAAAGGUAAAUUCGCUCGCCUGGUCAUUGACGAAGCCCACUGUGUCAGUCAAUGGGGUCAUGAUUUCAGACCAGAUUACAAAAUACUUGGCCAAGUACGCCAAAAGUACCCAGGCGUGCCUGUCAUGGCGUUGACAGCUACUGCGACAAAAAAUGUCAUCGUUGAUAUCAGACACAAUCUUGGAAUGGACGACUGCCAAACCUUCUCACAGAGCUUCAACCGACCGAAUUUGUACUACGAGGUUCGGCCCAAAUCGACAGGCGAGAAAACCAUUGAAAGCAUCGCAUCGCUCAUUCAAUCCAAGUACACUAACAAGAGUGGAAUUGUUUAUACAAUCUCACGAAAGAAUGCCGAGAAGGUGGCUGAGAGUCUCUCGGAUAACGGAAUUACGGCCAGGCAUUAUCACGCAGGUUGCGACCCUCAAGAAAAGGUUGAAGUGCAAAAUUCCUGGCAAAGAGGUCAAGUUAAGGUUGUUGUUGCAACAAUUGCUUUCGGGAUGGGAAUUGACAAACCGGAUGUGAGAUUUGUCAUACAUCACGGACUCCCCAAGAGUUUGGAAGGUUACUACCAGGAGACGGGUCGUGCUGGCAGAGAUGGAAACCCGUCGGACUGCAUUCUUUUCUACGGCAAAGCGGACAUAAGAGUCCUAAAGAAACUGAUUGCCGAUGGAGAUGGUAGCCAUGAACAGAGGGAGCGCCAGAUGUCGAUGUUGAACAGAGUCACAGCAUUCUGUGACAACAAGUCUGAUUGUCGGCGAACCGAAAUUCUUCGUUAUUUUGGUGAAGAUUUCUCCCCUACGGAAUGCAAUAAGAGUUGCGAUAACUGCAAAGCUGGAUUGACUUUCGAGCAACAAGACUUUUCAGAAUACGCCAUUGCUGCUAUCAAGGUCAUACAGGCCCAGCACCGUAUCACAGCAGUGCAGUGUUCUGACAUUCUUUUGGGGAAAAAGUAUCCCCAGAAUGAAGCAGAACUAUCUGAGGAGUGGCACGGCAUGGCGAAGGGUUUAAAGAAGCACGAGCUCAUUCGGGUGAUUGACAAACUAUCUGCCGAGAAGGCUUUCAAUGAGGACAACCAGGUCGGUCGGCAUGGCAUGGCGAUUCAGUACUUACGCCUUGGACCAACUCAUCGACUGUUUCUUUCGGGCCAGCGUAAGCUGAUGUUGUCCAUUCAAGUACCAGAGCCAGGUGCGCUAAAGAAGGCAACCAAAUCUCGAGCCAAGAAGGGCAAGGCGCCGGCUGAGGAGGAGGUCUCAAACAUGCCAUCGACGUACGUCUCUUCGCCUGUGGGCCGUCAGAAGAAGCCACGAGCAACAGAGAGUGACCGUGGGAACAACGCGACUGCAUCAUACUCGUGGGAAGAUGCAGGCUUUAUGGUAGACGAUGAGUACGACGAGGACGCAUUCGAUGAGCUCCCGCAGCAUCGACCGGCGAGACCAUCGUCUCGUACUCCAGGCCCCCCUAUAUCGGUUAACACCGGCUUGGAGAAUCUAGACGAGAUACACCGAGACAUGGUCGAAGGUUUUGUCUACGAAGCAAGACAAGCAGAGGAAAAGAUUCGCAACCAAAAGAGCUUGAGGAAGCCACUUUUCACGGAAAAAGAUUUUCGGAUUAUGGCUAUCCAAUGGACCACCUCACUUGAGAAGAUGCGUAGGAUCCCUGGUAUCGACCCCGACAAAGUUGAUGAAUACGGAUCCAGGAUCAUUCGCAUACUGCAGAAGCACUACAACCACUACCAAGAAGCGAUGGACCCUAGGAACGGUGGCGGAGGCCAGGAUGUUGUAGAUCUGAUCAGCUCAGAGGGUGAGAUGGAUGAUGAAGAUGCCGAUGAGGACGAGGACGGUGAAGAUUCACACUAUUUCAAUGGAAACUCCCGACCAGACGUCCAGGCGUUUCACAACAGGCUGCAAAGCCUUGGGAGUGCGCAAACCCAAAGCAAGCCAAGGGCAACCAGCAAAAGUGGCGGAGGUUCCAAAAGAUACUCUGGCGGCAAGAAGUAUCCCAGCAAGAAGUCCACAGGUGGUGUGACAAAGCGUAGGAGCACCGGUAGCAGCUCUGGUCGCAGAGCGGGCAGCUCAUCGACUGCCGCCAGAGCCUCAAGCAGUGGCUCAAGAACACUGAAGAAGGGGGGCAUUGGGCUGAUGCCCAUGUAG